AAAAAUUUUUAAAUUUUAAAGUCAGAAAAAUCUUUUAACAAUGCAGGAAAAUCAGGCAAAAGUUGUGUCAAUUACCUCAGUUAAAUCAAAAGUCGAAGAGGAAAAUCGAUUAGCUUCGAUGCUUCUUGAUUGUGAAAGUGCACAAAUUUGUUCAAAAUGUUUCGAUAUUAAAGCAAUUAGCACAGAAAACCACAAAGAAGAUUCAACAAUAGUCAAUCAUCAAGACUUACAAUCAGGGUCAACGCUCCUUUCAUGUCCAAGUGCGCAUUUAUGUCCAAAUUGUAAAGAUAAUAAAGCAAUUAUGAAAGAAGAGGCAGCACUUGAUGAUUCAGAGCAAGAAGAAAUCUUAAGAGGAACAGAAUCAACAGACACGAUUGUUGCAUAUCCACAAGAUUUACAGACAGACGAUCAAAAUAAAUUUAUUUUUGUCAGCGACUUAUUGAAUAAUAUGGCAACAGAAAUCAAGUCAAUUGAGUCUAUUCAUGAGCUGAAACCGAAAAAGGAAGAGAAAUUGUCAGUUGAAGCUAGAAAUAGCCGACCAAGUAGCACUCUUGAAAAUGGUUUGAGAAGCUCUGAAACAAAAAGGUUGUCAUAUUUUGAUGAUGAAGGGUUUAAAAGGUAUGAUCUUACAAUUGUGACAUCGUUGACUGAUUUAGACACGUUAAAAGAAAAGACUAGUGAUGAUUCGCCAAGAGUAAGCUUCACAUUCAAGGAACCUUCGAUGAAUUUGAUUAAGAGUAAAAGGCAGUCAUGGAGAAGUGUACGAAGAUCAUCAGGAAGCUUUUUGAGCCGCGUAUCAAACGCAUUUCGCAAAUCCAAUCAGUGAUAUCUACUCAAUUAAUAAAUGCCUUAAUGUCUCUGAAUAAAUUAAUAUAAGUGAGCUUUGAAAUUGUUUAAAAUUCAUAAAAGUUUUUUUCUUCAUAAAUUUUUGUGUGAAUUAAAACGUU